UCUCAUUUUAGACAGAUCUUGUUGGUGUGAUAGCAAAAUAAAAAAUCAAUUAACUAAUUUUUCUUAAAACUCUAACCUGAUAAGGUGUGAUUGACGUUGUUUUUUUUUUAUUUUUUUUGGGAUGAAUCAUUGCACGAUUUUACUUCUACUGCAGGUUUUAAAAGAAGAGAGAAAAAAAAAAGAGGAAUUGUAUCCUUGACCUUGGUUAGAAUUAGAAUUCUGAUUUGAGUAGUUCUUAUUUUAAUCUUCAUUUGGGAAAUUUUUGUUAAACAGAUGAUUGGUGUAUAUUAACUUUGGGUGCUUUUGAAGCAUGGCUGUUUUAGCCGGCUGCCUUGUAACACAAUCUCCUACCUGUUUCAACAUCGCUAUUAUGGAGAAUCAUUUUCAUUUGGAUCUGAAGAUCAAGCAUUCCAAAAUGCUUGUGCCCUGGGAUAUCUGAGUUCGGAACAAGCUUUGGCAGAUUAUGCACAGUUGAUCACAAAUAUCAAGAAGAACCCGUCGGCAGAAAACUGCCCAGUUAUUGUGGUUGGAGAAUCUUAUGGUGGGAGUAAGUCAAACUUCAAGGUUAACAUUAAAACAAUGUUGAAUUCUUACUAACCUUUUCCUGAUAAUUUUUUUGGUGCUUGCCUCGUGGUUUCGUCUAAAAUAUCCUCAUGUUACCAUCGGUGCUCUGGCAUCGUCGGCUCCACAGAUGCAUACCAUGUUGUGGUGACCAGAGAUUUUCAGGAAACUAGUGAGAGUUGUUACAAUACUAUAAGAAAUUCUUGGUCAGAAAUUAAUAGAAUUGCAUCUGAAACCAAUGGUCUUGUUUCCCUUGGCAAUAUCUUCAGUUCUUGCAAGUAAUUCACUAUAACAGCUUCUUUAUUCUUUCAAACUUCAAUUUCCCAGCUUUACAUGUCCCAUGCAUAACAAAUUGUUUUUGUUUCUGGUCUCUUUCGAUGAUUAGGCCCUUUGAACUCAUCGCAAGAGCUUAAGGACUACCUAGAAUUGAUGUUUAUGAUCUCAGCUCAAUUCGACAAUCCUCCAGAUUUUUUUUUCGAAAAUAUGUGCAAUGCCAUUGAUGGAGCCCCUGAAGGAACCAGUAUUCUUGUCAGAACUGCUGCUGGUCUCAAUGCCAGUAUUUUUGGAAAUCAGUCAUGUCAUGAUGUACAUCAAUUUUAAAAAGGGAAACUAGCAUGGCCACGGCAGGUAUUCUUAAAGCAUAGUGUUCUCUUAUGUAAAUGGAUUCUUCAUCACCAUGUUCAAGUUUAUUAACCAUUCAAUUUCGAUGUCUUCUCUAAAAUGCAUUAGCUUUUAAGUUACAAUAAUGUCUUAUUUUGGAGGAUAAUUUCUUGUCGUGAAUAUGGCCAGUAUGUCUUUCAGACACGCACAGAGAUUGUAAUACCAAUGGGGACUGGCGGUAAUGAUACAAUGUUUCAAGCAUCUCCUUUUAAUCUCACUGAAUAUACGGAAACAUGCAUAGAAGUUUUUGGUGGCCAUGACAAAAAUCUGCACUCAGAAAUUUUGCAAGCAACAUCAUCUUCUCCAAUGGACUUCGGGAUCCAUACGGUGCUGGAGUGUUUUGGAGGACAUAUCAGACACUGUUGUUGCUGUACAUACCGAACAAGACAAUCAUCUGUUCCCUCUAUUUUAAUCGACUGCAGAGUUCUAGAGGACAUAUCAGACAGUGUCGUUGCUUUAUAUACUGAACAAGGAUUUGGCUCCUAACUGUGAUUCCAUCUAUCCUUUAGCUUCCUGCAUUGCUGAGUGCACCAUGAGAGGUUGUUAUGUUAAGAAUCUACAGAAACAGGAUUCUGGGUCUUCAAUCCAAACGAAUUCUCGAAUAAUUUGUGGGCAUAUGGACCCAGGAGCCAUGAAAUUGGCCAUCUUUUCAUAGACAUUGUAUAAAGUAUAUGAUUUUUGUAUAAUAACUUUUUAAUCCUUAGAGAAUAGUUUUUUGAUUUUUUUUUGAUUCACGUGGGAUGUUCGGGUCAGCUUGCACACACCUCGAUUAAUCCCCACAGACCCUGAAGUUAACGACCAGGUAAGCUUUCAGUGGCCAUUAAUAUUAGCAAUCUUAGAGCUCGAACCUGAGAUUACAGGGGGAUAAACUUUUUGGUUCAAAGUUCUUACCACUGAGCCACCUAUUAGAUGGUUAAUUUUAUGAUUUUUAUGUUUAGAUUAUAGAUGUAAUGAUGCAAGAAAAUCCUAGAAUUUUCAAUUGUAUAUCAUUAUUUAGAAUGGAGAAUAAUAUAUAAUUUGAUAUUUUUUAUAUAUAUCUUUUUUAUUA